CCAGGCAUCCCUUCCGGUAGAUGAGGUCAACUUUUCCCUAGAUCCGCCAUUUCAGUACCGGAGUUUCUUGUUGCACAUUAGUUUCGGAUUCAUUCGUUUAUUCAUUUUUAACGUGUGAGCGGCUCGAGCUUCAGGUUUUCCGCGUCGCGACAGAAAUCCCGUCACCUCUUAAAUUAGACGUGGAAGUUUCAGAAAACUGCGCUUGUCGUAGCGUUUUUUUUCUUCUUCUUCUUCUUCUUCUUCUUGUUUCUCACGGGAAACGUUAGUCAACCAAAGUUUUUGUAUGAGUCGCGGAUAGGGAGAGGCGGCGGGGAAAGGCCUCAAGCCUCGGACGGUGGAUUUUGCGGCCAUGGCCGGUAAUUUCGAUGCCGAAGACCGCUCUAGCUGGUACUGGGGGAGGCUAAGCCGCCAGGAAGCGGUCUCUCUCCUACAGGGGCAGAGGCACGGCGUUUUCCUGGUGAGAGACUCGAUCACCAGCCCCGGCGACUACGUGCUGUCCGUCUCCGAGAACUCCAAAGUCUCCCAUUAUAUCAUCAACAGCAUCAGUAACAACCGGCAGUCUGGCGCAGGUUUGGCUCCCCCUCGGUUUCGGAUCGGGGAUCAGGAGUUUGAGGCGCUGCCAGCCAUGCUGGAGUUUUAUAAGAUCCACUACCUGGACACCACCACGCUCAUAGAGCCCAUAAACAAGGCCAAGCACACAGGAAUCAUCAGCACCUCCUCUGGUGGCGCCCCGCCGCAGCCGGACGAGGCAGAGUUUGUACGCGCGCUAUUUGACUUCCCCGGCAACGACGAGGAGGACCUCCCCUUCCGCAAGGGGGACAUCCUGCGGGUGCUGGAGAAGCCAGAGGACCAGUGGUGGAACGCAGCGAACCAGGAGGGACGCGCCGGGAUGAUCCCGGUGCCCUACGUGGAGAAGUACCGGCCCUCCUCGCCCACUGCUGCCGGGCUGGGUCCCCCUCUUGCGGGGAGCGGACAGGGGGGUCCGCCGGGGGGGUUGCCGGGCCGCACAGACGCAUCGGGGUCCCCUCAGCCCAACCCCGGCCAGUACGCUCAGCCCGUGGUCAACGCCCAGCUCCCUAACCUUCAGAACGGGCCUGUCUUUGCCCGAGCCAUACAGAAGAGGGUGCCCAACGCCUACGACAAGACGGCGCUCGCUCUGGAGGUGGGAGACACUGUAGAAGUGACCAAGAUCAACGUGAACGGCCAGUGGGAGGGUGAGUGCAAGGGCAAACGAGGCCACUUUCCCUUCACCCACGUUCGACUGCUGGAACCACAGAAUCCGGACGACGAGAGCUGAGAGCCCCCCACCUUCAACUCCAGCACGUCUCCUUCUCUUCUGGUCCUCAUGUGACGCUCUGAAAGAAAAGGAUUUAUACAAGCACACACACAAUAUAUGAACCUAUGAGCUCGAGCGUUACCACGGCAACACGAGACGGGCCUGCUGUCAUUUUGAAGAGUUUACACUACAGUCAGACUGAUGCCGGUUCGCCUGGAUGAGGGUUUUUUUUUUCCUCCCUGCUUAAAUAUUCCUCUGAAAGGUUCAAUUAAACGUGGCUUGCAUUGAGGUAGAUGGCAGCAUUCAUUGGUUUAGUAUUUAUUCGGGCUACAUUUAUAGAAAUGCAGCCGUGUGUCGUCUUAACCAGAUGAGAAUGUUGAUUACUGGUUUCAUCUUAGCGUAGUGUAGUUUUAGUAGACGCAUGUAGUAAGUAGACAGUUUCAGACACCAGAACUCUGUAGAGAAUGGCUUAGAAUUAGGUUUUAUGUCCCAUGUAUUUUAGCAAUUCAAUGGAAAAAAAGUCCAUGAAACAACGAAACAAACUCUUUCCUGCUUAAUGAGGCGACAAAAGACCCCUCUUUUUUGAUUACGGCUUUUAAAGACGUUGCAGUCGCAGUCCUUACCAAUAAUGCCUAUGAUUCAGACUUGCAGUAAGGUAUUGGUUUCUCCUUGUUGGUCCAUGAAGCGCUGAUGAUGCAGACACCAGAACUGUCCAAUCAAUGAGUUCCCCGUCAGUCCACCUCGCUUCAUGUUGUCUUUGUGCUUAUCCAAGUUAGCGUGGAGGCGAGCUAUGUCUUGAUAGCAGCUGCUAUCUGUGAAAUAUUAAUCUUUUUUUUAUUGAAUGAAAGACUAAAAUGGGCAGCAUUGGGCGGCAGUAACCGGUAUCAGUCGAACCGUAGUUUACACACCUCCAACCCAGUAUUUAAGUCAACACACACACAUACAUACCAGAGUCAAUCCUCUCCUCCCCUCCCGUGUUCGCCGCUGCAUUUGAUUCACACAGCAGGGAACAAUCGAUUGCACAUCGGAGACGAAACACUUGGCUCCUCUCAGAAUCAUGACUCGUGAGUUUCUGUGGGGCCAGACUGUGAAACGGGCAAAGACUUUUCCUGGAGACUCCGUCUUGUGGAGAAGACUAAUCCACGAACGUAUUACAUCCCACGCUACACAGUCCUUUUUUUCUUUUCUUUUUUUUUUUAACCAAAAGUGGAAAAUAUUAUGAAAGCAUUGACUAUAUAAAAAAUAUAUAUUUACACACCGUACAUGUUAAAUACUGUAAUUUUUUUAAAAUUUCAUUUGUUUUUCUGUGUUACCAGCGACACUUUGAUGUUCCUUCUUUGAAACGCUAUUCAGAGCCGACAUUGAUCCAAAAUAAGAGCCCUCCCCGGGACGAAGGCGAGAUCCACUGGUGGCGUUUUUAAAGAUCAGAGGAGAAGGUUGAGAGAUUUUAUUUUCAUCUUUUAACGGGGUUUUUGUGAUGUUGAGAUAAAAGCCACCGUAAAACACUAAAACCCUCUUGCAUUUUAAUGUAUAACCUGUGAAACAAACAUGUCACACUGUCUUUUAUUUGGGCCAUGGUUCACACGUUAACUGUUUCUCAUCAGUCACAGGCUAUUAUUACAAACGGCUUUUUAAAUUUUUUGUUAUUGAACAUGUCAGUAUGAAAAUAAACCAUGAAAUGGU